UCGAAAGGCUGAUCUAAUCAUCACAUGGACUCGCAACUCACUCGGCUGUCUGUUGUCCACCACAUCAGUCACAACAUCCUCGAAUAAUCCUACCUUAUAGCGCCAUACUUCUUCCCCUUUCUCAUAAACCCUGGCGCGGGUACUAUCACCCAUCAAGUGCCAUCACGUCAACAUACCAGCGCCCUACUCGCAGUUCCCUUGAGCCGAGGUAGUUUCGCAACAUCGCCACAAAGAGUCAAGACAGCAUCUAGGGCCACACUCAGAAGUACACAACGCAUACAAACAUCACACACGCUUAAAGACAUAAGAUAACAAAGCGCCCCCGCCAUGGCUGAGGCGUCUUGCUCGGGGCCUUCCCCAUUCAAGUCCCUCGUGGACCAUCAUCAGCGCAACACAUCGCACCACCAGGACCGCUUUGUCAACAACACGCCGGCGGGACAAUCCUUCCGUUCUCAACAGGCGCAAGGCCCAUCGAGUCAGAAUGACUUUGCAGCGUUCAUGGACGGUGCCUCGCAACUGUCAGGGCCACCACCGCAUCACGCGGCCGCCCGGUUAGCGAACCAUGCUGCCGCCCUGGAACCUCAUCAACACCAUCAUCAACCUCACUUUGCGCAACCCCAGCAGCAACAACCCCCGGCAGGCAUGGGGGGCUGGGCGGCAGACUUUGCGCGCUUUGCUCAACAAUCCCAACCACAGCAACAUCAUCAACCUCAUCCGCAACAACAGCACCAGCAGCAGCCCAUGCCGCAACAACCCAUGUUUCAUCCCCAGCGCAUGGCCGGCGCCUUUGGCUUCCAGAACCAACAGUCCCCCCUGUAUGGACCGACAAACUCGGGCUUCCUAGACCCCCAGGUCGCGCACGCCCAGCGUCCCGCCGCCGAGGCCGACUUUGACACGGAAAUGUCAAAGUGGAUGUCGCAGCACGGCAGCAGCACCGCCCAGAACGCCAAGGCGAUGGAGGACGUGGACGCCGUCAUGGAGCAGAUGGCCCGCGCCCUCGAGGUCACAGAGAACGCGGUCCAGGAGCAGGACGAGCUGGCACAGGCGCAGGGUCCGCAGCUGACGGAUCUGCGGCGCGAGGAGAUUGGGCAUCUGCAGAGCAGCACGCCUCCGUCUGAGCAGGAGACAACGGCGGCAGAGGCGGCCAAGGGGCGAUCAGAGGUCUCCGAGGCCGCGGAGAGGUUAUUGGACAGCGUACGGCAUGAGGACGGGGAUAAAUGGAAGAACUCGAUAUUCUUGUCGCUCAUGCGCGACUUUCGGGACGGGAAGAAGGAUAUCGUAGGCGAUGAGAUUCGUGAGACGGAGGAAGAGGAGGUGGUGUCGAGGACAUCGUGACUGAGCGUCUCCUAUCAUCAUGGCUGCCAUCUGUAUCCUUAGCGGUUUGUUUGUAUACAAGGAAUGGAUACCUCGAGUCGCUUGACCUUGUCACACGUUCACGUCUCUUCGUUG